CUAUUAUUUGUACAUCCGGCUCAAAUCUAAAAGCGAGCCAGACCCAAAAGUCUAGGAAAACUGAGGUUCGGGAAAGGAGACACCGUCACAAACCACUAGCGAAAGAAAAGGAAAAACUACAACUCCCAUGAGGCAGCGGGGCCACGGGACCCCGUCUCCCAGCACCCUUUGCGAGGCUCAAGAUCGUCAAGGUUGGCCGGCGUAUGGAGACGGGGGCGGUGAAGUGUCCUCUAAAGCCGUGGAGAAGCGGCCUUGCAGGAUGGCAGCGUCCGAGGCGGAACCUGAAGCCCUGACGGAGCGGGUGGACAUCGCGCGCGGCCUGGAGAACUUGCCUGUGAGCGUUUGGCCGCCGGGAGCGGAGCCAGAGCCCUUCGAGUAUACCCCUGACCAUGUGGCUGGGCCGGGAGCAGACGCUGAUCCCACGCAGAUAACCUUUCCUGGAUGCAUUUGUCUCCAAACUCCCUGCCUCCCUGGUACUUGCUCCUGCCUCCGUCAUGAGCAGAACUAUGAUGAUAAGUCAUGCCUCAGAGAUACAAGAUCAGAAGCAAAGUAUGCCAAGCCAGUAUUUGAAUGCAAUGCCCUGUGCCAGUGCAGUGACCACUGCAGGAACAGAGUGGUCCAGCGGGGUCUGCAGUUCCACCUCCAGGUGUUCAAGACAGAUAAAAAAGGCUGGGGACUUCGUACCAGGGAAUUUAUACCAAAAGGGUGUUUCGUCUGUGAAUAUGCUGGCGAGGUCUUAGGAUCCUCUGAAGUACAGAGAAGAAUUCAGUUACAAACAGUACACGAUUCAAAUUACAUUAUUGCCAUCAGGGAACAUGUUUUUAGUGGGCAGGUAAUUGAAACAUUUGUUGAUCCUGCCUGUAUAGGAAAUCUGGGAAGAUUCCUUAACCAUUCUUGUGAGCCAAACCUGUUGAUGAUUCCUGUCCGAAUUGACUCAAUGGUACCAAAGUUGGCACUUUUUGCAGCCAAAGACAUUUUGCCAGAAGAAGAACUAUCUUAUGACUAUUCAGGAAGAUUUCUUAAUCUAAUAGACAGUGAAGACACACAAAGGCUAGAUAACGGGGAACCAAGAAAACCUUGUUACUGUGGUGCCAGAUCAUGUACUGCAUUCCUGCCUUAUGACGGUUCACUGUACUGCCCCUUAGAAAAGCCAGACAUCAAGAAGGAAGAGUAUAGGAGAAACACGUCUGGCCUAUCCUAGUGGGUGAGAGUAAGAAGGAACCAAGCAUGUUUGGCUCAGCCCCUUCUGAGUUCCCCUUCUGACAAGCAGCUUACCCUCCAGGUAGGUCUCUGCUCUGUGUUAUGCAGAGCUGGUAGCUGUCCAGCUCUCCCUCUACCUGAUUGCACAAAUUUAACUCAGGAAUAUGGCAGAGACUAUAAGUUGUCCAGCAAUAUCUUCUCUCUAUAA